AUGUUCGAAUCAACAACGGAUUUUGUUAUAAAAAUAUUUUUCGCCGAGGAGCUCUUGGCGGCCACGUCCUACACGGAAGAUGAUUUCUACUGCCCCGUCUGUCAGGAGGUGCUUAAGACGCCGGUGCGAACCGCGGCCUGUUACCACGUUUUCUGUAGAAAAUGUUUCCUGACUGCAAUGAGAGAAAGUGGAAUUCAUUGUCCCCUGUGUCGUGGAAGUGUGACUAGAAGAGAAAGAGCAUGUUCAGAACGGGCCUUAGAUCUUGAAAAUAUCAUGAGGAAGUUUUCUGGUAGCUGCAGAUGCUGUUCAAAAAAGAUUAAAUUCUACCGCAUGAGACAUCAUUACAAAUCUUGUAAGAAGUAUCAGGAUGAAUAUGGUGUUUCUUCUGUCAUUCCAAACUUUAAGAGUUCUCAAGAUCCAGUAAGGAGCAGUAAUAGGAAUGAAACACCUUCAUCUGAUAACACAGAAACUUACCAAGAGAAUACAAGUUCUUCUGGGUAUCCCACCUUUAAGUGUCCCUUAUGUCAAGAGUCAAAUUUCACCAGACAGCGUUUAUUGGAUCACUGUAAGAGUAACCAUCUAUUUCAGAUAGUUCCUGUGACAUGUCCUAUUUGUGUGUCUCUUCCUUGGGGAGAUCCUAGCCAGAUUACUAGAAAUUUCGUUAGUCAUCUAAAUCAGAGACAUCAGUUUGAUUAUGGAGAAUUUGUGAAUCUUCAGCUAGAUGAGGAAGCCCAGUAUCAAACUGCUGUAGAAGAGUCUUUUCAAGUAAACAUCUGAUGUGUGUACACAUCUCUUCAUCCUUGUACCUACAAGUGCCAUCUUUAAGGGAAAGACAACAUGAAGUCACCAUUUCAGUAAUUUGCUGUGCAUAUUAAUAAAAAUAAUUCACUCUACUGUAUUAGGUUUUUAAUUGAAAAUAAAGGUGGGCUACCCUAA